GGGUCUUUCCUCUGGGGAUGUGCUGAUCGGGGCUUGUGGUUCGGUUCGGAUGCGCUGGAUCAGGAUAUAUUCUGGACAUUGGUUCUGAUUCGGUUCUGUUUGGUUCCUGAGUGGACUGACGCGGUUCUGAGGCGGAUCCGGGACGCGCGCGGGCUCACCAUGACGCUGUGGAGAUAUUAUUAUGUUGGAGUUCUGGUUGUCUUCUUCAGAUUGGACCGGGUUCGGCCACUCAUCCUGGAGUCCAUCUACUGGAACACGACCAACACCAAAUUUGUGCCGGGCCAAGGCGUGGUUUUGUACCCGCAGAUUGGGGACAAGUUGGACAUUGUGUGUCCGCGGGUGGACGGCGGCGUGAGCGACGGCGUUGAGUACUACAAGGUGUACAUGGUUCCCAGGGAGCAGCUGGAGAGCUGCACCAUCACCAAGGCCGACACGCCGCUGCUGAACUGCGUCAAACCGGACCAGGACGUCAAGUUCACCCUGAAGUUCCAGGAGUUCAGCCCCAACCUGUGGGGCCUGGAGUUCUUCAAGGGGAAGGAUUACUACAUCAUCUCGACGUCUAACGGCACCAUGGAGGGCAUCGACAACCAGGAGGGAGGAGUCUGCAAAACCAAGUCCAUGAAGAUCGUCAUGAAAGUGGGACAGAAUCCCUCUGACCCAAUUUCACCCAAAGACAACCCAACCAGAGUAACCUACCCGACAAAGCCUUCGAGUGACAAGGACAACAGGAAGAACGACGUUAUUGAGAAACCAGAUUUGGCGUCUAGAGAAGACAAAGAAAACACGGAGAGCGGUGGGAAAUCCUCCAGCGCCAUCGGCUCCGAGGUGGCCAUCUUUGUCGGCAUCGCCUCGGGCAGCGUCAUCUUCAUCAUCAUCAUCAUCAUGCUGGUCCUGCUGCUGCUGAAGUACCGGCGGCGGCACCGCAAGCACUCGCCUCAGCACACGGCCACGCUGUCGCUCAGCACGCUGGCCACGCCCAAACGGAGCGGCGGCGGCAACAACAACGGCUCGGAGCCCAGCGACAUCAUCAUCCCGCUCAGGACUGCUGACAGCGUCUUCUGUCCGCACUACGAGAAGGUCAGCGGGGACUAUGGACACCCGGUCUACAUAGUCCAGGAAAUGCCGCCUCAGAGCCCGGCCAACAUUUAUUACAAAGUCUGAGACGGGUCAUGGAAAGGCGGGACCUGGACGAAUUCACGGGCAGAGCGGAGGAAUGGGUCGGGCACGUUGCUCCUGGCCUACGAGCAGACUCUCGUCGCUCUCUCUCGGUCGACUCCUGCUCCUCUUCUCCGACGUGUCGUCACCUUUUCUUUCCUCUCCACGUUUUGCUGGUGUCUGCGCUCCGGUCAAAGUUCCGGUUCUGGGACAAGCAGAGAAGGCCGCUGCUCUCUGGGACGUAGAGCGCCGCUUUAUUUUGUGCACCAGGAUGACGUGAACAACGGAUGUUUGGACGUGGGAGAGGAUUUGUGGAGACUUCUGCCGAUGGUGAACUCACAGGGCCGCUCCUCUGACGUUCACGGGGAACGGAGUGGAUUUAGCAGCUGGACACAGAGGGGGUCUCUCUGGGACUUUUCCUGAUAGACUCACCCGUUCACCCACAUGAUUAACAUCACAUCCACGUGCACAGAAACGCCUCACUGGUCCGUGUGAAGGAGUGUUGUUGAUCACAUCAUCUCAACUCAUCACUGUCCCUUCAGAUGAAGGCUUUAAGAAACUUGUCGUCAUUUCCUCCUUUGUUUUGAAUCAUAUCUGUUUUGAAUAGAGUUCGAGUGCAGAUCGAGUUUUUGUUGUCCCGAUCGUUCACGCAAACGACCCCGCAGAGGCUCGAAGUGUCCCGUCAAAGUGACGGAAAGAACCCGGAGGAGGUCCGCCCAGGUGGACUCUGCAGAGUGGAGGACUUCGUCUCUCAUAGUGCAGCACUUUUACCCCCUCCUCUGUUUUCUUUAGUCCCUCCACCCUCCUCUGCAGUCCACAGAGAGAGACUCUGAUGUUUGGAGACCUGAAAGCAUUCGGGGCAAUAAGAAAUCCAGUUUGCCUUACUGCUGUAAGAUCUGCUCCAGGUUAGUGUAGCUGGCUGAAACAGCUGUAGGUACUGUAACGUUUACCCCCAGGGGUCUAGUGAUGACUAUGGGUACCCUAAGGGCCCAAAAAUCAGCCUGACCGGUGCUCUCCAAUUCUUUUUUUGUUGUUCAACACAGAAACUUUGUCACUGUUCUCAGUCUCCAUUAGCAUUUCCUUUAAGAGUCUCAUUUUUGACCUAAAUAGAUGUACAUUUAAAAAAAAAAAGGACAUUAAAAGAAAAAAAUACAAAAAAUAAAUAA